AGGGAAUCAGCCCUGGAUGAUUAAACAAGGUGGUUGAAACAAGCUGUGGAAGAAAGAGUGAGAAGUGCCAAGGUACUAUUUUGAUAACCAGAAUGGAUACUUGAUCUUCCCAAGUGAGCUUCCUUUUCUUCAAAUCACCAGAGCUAAUGUGCACAUAAAGUAUAAGCUGUGGUGAGUGUAGACAUGAAUCACAUUCCCGACGUUUGCGGAGGUCUUUAUGCGGGCUGAAGAAGUCAAUGAUAGGAGCGUCUUCUUGUGAGGACAGAUGUUGUAGCUAGUUUCUUGUGCUGUUUCUCCGUUUCUCAGUAGCUCUCCAGCUGACAGUGAUAGUGUGUUUUCACACAGCCUGCUGGGAAAGAGCAAGUGGCGAACGUUACUUCAACACACAAUGUGGGCACACUUUUAGAGGCAAAAAUUCCUGUGUCACCUGUCCUGGUAAGCAGCCUUUAUUUGUUGUGAGCGCACCGGCUUGUGGACAAGCAUGUCUUACUGCUCUGCUGACUGUAAAGUUUGGCAUAAGUAAUACGGCGUUGCAGAAGUACCAGAAAAAGCAGAUGCGAACUCUUGUUCGGUUUUUCGAUGAAUUACCUGAUAGCCUGGCUCCGGCUUCCCCGGCUUCGAAGACCAACAGAGAGCUUGAUGCUCUAACUGUUCACACAUUUCCCACCACCUUGGCAACACAUCUGUUGGGAAGCUGAUAGUAUUACGAUGGUCAUGCUUCGUGAUUUUGUCGAACUUACGUGACAAAGUGUGUGUGGAUCAGAUAUAAGUAGGCCCUGGAGGUUUGACAGAUACAGCCUUUGGAAUGGGAUACAGGCCCUGAAGGCCUGUGGAAGGUCAAGUUGAACCAAGUGUCUUUCUGCAGAUGGAGGUGGAUGGCAGAAAUGGGGAGGGCAAGCAAGCGUUGGCAAUGGAAGUAGACAACUUGCGUGCAGCAGCCACGCAGUUGGAAAAAUUGCCAGGAUCUAGGUUGGCGAUGGGAGAUCGUGUGGUUCGUGAAGUAGAUGUCGUCCUCUGCCCCCGACCUGAGAAUGAUGGCAUGCGGCUAUACCUCCUUCAAUACCCUCUUCGGCCGGCUUGGCGGCCAUAUGAACUGGAGCAGCGGUGCCAGGAGAUCCGCAUGAAGCCUAAGCAAUCGAAGGUGGAAGUGGACCUGUUUGUUGACAGUCACUCGGAGAACUACGAUCCAGAGGCGCACGACCACUUGAAGAUAACUCAGCAGACUUUGUCGUCUUCCCGUCUGCAGCUGCAGGCUAAUUAUGCGAUCGGUCUAUUGCGCGAAAACGAACUCCACCUCUCUCCGUUGAACGCCGUUGUUCAGUUAAGGCCGGGCAUGAAGUAUCUUGACGCAGCAGACGAGAGGAAGCGAGCUGUAGAAAAAGUGAAUGAGGAGGAAAACGAGGAGGACGAUAGUGCUAAUGCCCCUUCUGGCCUUGUCCCUCUUCAGGUCCAGAUUAGGCGGAAAUCGACGGAGCAUGACGAGGAGCAACGAAUGCAGUCUUAUGCAUUCCUGAAGCAGCAAGAAGAUGCCGAAGCAUGGGUCGUUGUUGAGCCGCAUGCAUCCGGCAGCGACGAAACUGUGAAAAUGAGGAACACGAUGAUAUCGUCUUUGAAGAGCUCGCCAACCGCUGCGCUGUCCCCAGAAGACUAUGUGCUUACACUGACACCAGGACGGCUUUCUGGCAGUGGACAUGAGGCGGUUUCGCAGGACGGAACGGGAAGCGCUGGCCUGUCACGCAGCUUCCUGGAGACACUUCCGCUGGACCGUCGCAUCCAUGUUCUUUUGUCUAAGGGCCAAACUCACAUUCUCCAGUUUGAUCGGCUGAUGAAACUUGCUCCUCACGGUAGUUCAGAGCAACAGCUUCUCGAGGUUGUGCAGCGGAAGGCGAUGCUUGUGCAGGGGUGCUGGGUUGCGGCCAGCUACUUGCGAUACAAUCGCGUUGUCGCAACUAUUCGCGAUUACAUCCUACUCCUUUUCACAAAGAAUCGCGUUGUGACGCGGGAUAUGUUGGAGCCGCUAAAUGUUUCGAAAGAGAUACUGAGAGAGAUUCUUUCCCACCUUGCCAUGCAAAGGGGACCAGGGAUGGGGUGGGGGUUCCAGGAGGACACCGACAAGCACUUCAUAAAGAAGCAUGGGGUCAUUGUCAAGGAGCAGGCGGGCCUGUGGGAGAUCUCGGAAGCGGACAUAACUAAAGCUGCGUUAUCGAUCAGCAUCACCACCACACAAGAGCUGGGCAAUCCAGCGCCUAUAGGCGAGGAGGUGGAGACGAGAGUAUGGGAUGAGGUAAUGGCAAGGUGUGCGAAGAUAGCAAGCGAAAGCGAGGCGCUGAAGGGGGUUGUGGGUACAAGAGGGGGGGCAAGGGCCGCAUCAGGUGCAGAUACGAGACUGUCCAUGGGUGGUGGCGUUAAAGGGGGGGGCUUGCUGCAGGGUCCAGCUGCGGGGAGAGGAAAGGCACCACUGGAGAUGCCCGGAACGAUGUCUGAGGAGACGAAGGCUGCGCUUCCGGGCGCACUGAGGGAGAUCUUUCUCAAACACAAUGUCUGCAAUCUGCAGUUCAUAUGUCAGUGUCUGCGGGAGAGAGCGGUUUCCAUCUCGUCGGCUCCAAAGGUGAAUCCCGCAGUGGCAGCAACCGCACUCGCCGCAGCAAAAGCAGCAUCCGCGCCUACUGCUGAGCUCUCAGCUGCAAUUUGCAAAGUGGCGACGUGCAUCGAUGGAGUCUACUUCCUGCAAUCCCUCGGAAACCCGACACUUGAUCCCUUCAGGGAGGUGGUGGUCGCCCUCUUGCGAACGAAGAAAGGCGCAUCUGCAGGUCUGAGGAAGGUGGACUUGAUUGAAGCUGCAAAGAUAGCAUUGAAAGGUGAUGUACCGAACAUUGUAUAUCAGAAGGUGUUGAAGGAACUGUGCUACACAAGAGGAGGAGUUUGGGUUCUGAAGCCGGGAGAUGGAAGGCCAUCGUGAUGGGCAUCUCUGUGUCUGCAGAUUGGUUUGGCAAGCGAAGUUAUGCAAGGGGAAGGGGAGGGCGUUGGGAGAUGGAAGGCCGUCGCGAUCUCUGGCAAUCGUUUCGUUGGGCAAGCGAAGAGGAGAAGGUAGUUAGCCUGUGAAACGACGGCAGCGGAUGGAAGGCCAUCUCUGUGUCGGCGGAUGGUUUGACGAGCAAAGUUACGCAAGGGAAGGGGGGGAGGGAGAGGGCUGUGAAGCUUGCGAAUGGAAGGCUCCUGCUGCAUGGCAGUCUUUCAAACAACAGUGUCGCCACCACCCAUGUACUUGUGGUAUCCCAUCGUUCCUCAGAAUCCGGAACUACCGGUACGUAAGUCACCGAUGACUGCUGCAAACUUGUGUGCUUACUAUUGUUCGGACGUUUGCUAUAUUUGUGAAAUUUCCACGGUGGUUUCUGUGCUUUUUACUGUGCGCACAGUUGUUACUGUGGUUAUUACUGUGCUCACUGUGCUUACUGAGAUGCGGCCACCGUAGUGUGGUCAUUACGGUGGCUGUGACGGUGGUUACUAUGGUGGCCUCCCUGUUUACUACCAUGGUUGCUACCAUGGUCACAGCCAUGGCUACUAUGGUGGCUACUACAGUGGCUUCUACCAUGGUUACUAUUGUGGUUUCUACUGUGGUUAUCGCUUUGAUUCCUACCAUGGUUACGUCUUUGGCUUUCCACUUCAGUUACUGCUGUGGUUUUUACCGUGGUUACUACCGUGGUUGCCACAGGGGUUACUACUGUGCGUACUAAUAUGUUCCCCCAAAGAGAACGGUCAUAAUAGCUGUAUUUGUGGCCACUUUCAGUCUGGAUACCGACUAUUGUAGAGAUAAUGACGGUGCGUUCUAUUCGGCAGAAGACGGAAUAGUGGUUAGCAGUGUAGUUACUGUGGGUUCCUGUGUGACACAUCGUGCACUGUGGUCACUGUGAUUACUGUUUUUACCAUUGUUGCUCGUCUUUUUCCCAGAUCCAUCUAGCUGGCAGUGGGUGCUGCUGCUGCUGCUGCUGCUGCUGUGUGUGUGCACAACACUUGUAGACUGGAAUUGAGAGCUGCUGCUGUCGAGAUUUGGCGCUAAUUCAACCG